AAAGAAAUCGAGCUAUGGUAGAUGGCGGGAGUGAUCUCGUGUGAUAUAACUGUGUUAGAUUUAGUUUUUAAAUUUUUAGUGUUUAUUAUAAAAUAGUUAAUAAAAUGACUAGGGCUAAAAUAGAACUGGGCGACGUGACACCGCAUAAUAUAAAACAGCUGAAGAAGCUGAACACAGUCGUGUUCCCCGUAUCUUAUAAUGACAAAUUCUACAAGGACGUGCUAGAGGCUGGUGAAUUGGCGAAGUUGGCUUACUACAAUGAUAUCGUCGUGGGAGCAGUGUGCUGUAGGAUAGACACGUCGGAAAACUCGCGGAGACUAUAUAUAAUGACGCUGGGUUGCCUCUACCCCUACAGAAGACUGGGCAUAGGCAGCCUGAUGGUGGAACAUGUGCUCAAAUAUGUUGAACAGGACGGCAAUUUCGACAGCAUCUUCUUACAUGUCCAAGUGAAUAAUGAAGGUGCAAUAGACUUUUACAAAAAGUUUGGCUUUGAGAUUGUUGAGACAAAAGAGCAUUAUUAUAAGAGAAUAGAGCCGGCAGAUGCUCAUGUCCUACAGAAAACAAUUAGGCAACCACCCGCUGAACCGCUAGUCAACGGGACUGUUCCACAUGCAAAGACCAACGGACACGACUGAGAGCAUUUCCUGGAACCCAACAUUUUGUACUGGAAUGAAGCCUCGAAGCGGUUGUUUAUGUGAAACAAGCAAGUGAUACAAAAGUAAUAUGUAAGAAUCAUAAUCAAGUCACACAGUGUAUACUAGAGCCAUGGUUUACAUUAAAAUAUUUGUAACAGAUGGGUUAUAUCAAUAAGUUGUGGUUGUGGACAAUCAAGGCCAUAGACACCUAGUACAUACUAGAAAUGACUGAUACAUUUCCAAUUUCAAGUUUAUCUCAAGUUUUGUACAGUUCAUGUGCUCGAAUGUUGUUGGUAGAAACAUUUCUAAAGUGUGUGUCGAAGAAUGGAGUGACAGUUGAGUUUAAUAGCUUCAGAUUUGUAACUACUCUACAUAAUUUUAACAUGUAUAAAGUAACUGCUCUAGGCAUUCUUUUACUAAAUUUGAUGGUGUACUAAAUUCUUUUUUACUGUAAUUAUAAGUAAGAAUCUGAGAUAGGUGUUACAAGUUUCCUGUUUGCUAUUUACCAUAACAACUGAAUAUGUUCAGAAGAGAAUUCUGAAACAAGUGAUUCCCCUCAUUUCUCUCAUGUUUAUCAGUUAAGUGCAGCAUUGGAACAAGAAAAGUAGUUAUAAAAUCAUGUCAACUGGAAAUACUGUAUAAAUCACUGAACUACAUAAUUACUUUUAUCCACUGCUGAUACCCUUCACUGUUUUUGUUUAGCUUUGUUGUUUUAUUUCAAAUUUUUGUUCUACAUAUUAAUUUAACCUAUAAAUUUUUAUUUCCAAAGGAAUUCUGUAAGUAGUCAUUGUAUUCUAUGUAUUAUAAUAUUGAAGGAUAAAGAUUGUUACCAAAAAGUCAAUUCCUCCCUCAACAGUACUGUAAUGUGUAUUUGUUAUGCAUCAUGUUCCCUACAAUACAACUUAGCAUUAUAGUAUAAUAAACAUGACUUAACAUUA